ACCAACAACAUUCUGUAGUAGCUGAAGAAGCAGGAACUGAGAGAACUUGGGAGAAAUGUGAAAGUAAUAGUUCAUCAGAUUCAAAUAAAUGUAUAAGCUUAACAAAAGGUAUCAAGAAAGAAUCUAGUUUUUCUAGUUCUUUCUAUAAUAAAUCAUUUAAGAUCUGA